CCUCUGGGAAAUCCGCCCCUGCCUAGAAGUGCUUAAAACCCCUCCGAGCGGACCCUGAACGCAGCAGCUGCAGCAGCACUAUCCAGCCGGUGGAUGAGGACGAUUCUUUAAAAAAACUCCUCAGUUCACAACCCAGGAAACAAUCAGAGAAACCAGCGACAAUGAAUGUGGCCCAUGAAGUAGAAUUGCUGGUGGGGGAGAUUCAGCGACUCGGCAGUAAAAAUGAUCUCGGUCAAAGUACGGUGAAGUUCGGCGUGCUGUUUAACGACGACCGCUGUGCCAAUAUCUUCGAGGCGUUGGUGGGCACCUUGAGAGCUGCCAAGAGGAAGAAGAUUAUCAGCUUCGAGGGCGAGUUGCUCCUGCAGGGCGUCCAUGACCAAGUCGACAUCAUCCUGCUGCAAGAAUGAGACGGAAAUCUGGACCAGGCGCUUUUCUACAGUAACUGUGGGUCUCACUGAAUCCUUCCAAAUUCUGAGCUUCUUGUCCCUGAGCUUCUGUUUCCAGUCAUCCUCCUUCAUGUAUAUGGCUCAAUAUUUGAACUCAAAACGCACAGAUUGCUCCUCACAGUUUGCCAUGUUGAACAGACCCAGCUGCCAGGUCGGCAUUAAAGAUUGAAUUGUGCCAAUUUAGAGAAUAUUUUAGGGUUUUCAUGGGCUGGCAAAACAGCCACAUUCAAAGUUAAAAAUGACAAAGUAGAGUUUCUCUCUUUCUCAGGCGCGGCCUUGCUAUCAACCACGGGUCUGUGAUGUCACAAACGCACAAAUUGGGAACGUUAUAGUUUUUGUAACACAUUAAUUCAGGGUUUUCUUGUUAAUUUUUGGGUAAAUUACAGUAUAUGGUAAUUGUCACAACGAAAUGCCUCUUUUGAUGUUACCAGUAUCAUGAAAAUGGCAAGAUACUGGUUUAGUUUUAGCACUGCACUAGCAAAUUCUCCCUUUCAUCAGCCCCAAGUGGCAGUGGGAGUUUAACCAAGACCUAAAUGCUCAAAAAUCAUGUAUUGUAAUGAUUGUUUUCACAUAUUAAUCUAGUGCAGCUUUAGAACAGCGCGAGUGUGAGUCCACCAACAGUGUCACCUAAUGGCCGCUCCAUUUAUUGUUUACACGAGUCAUUAAUACUACCUCUUGUGGACUUUUUUAAAAAGACUUGAAAGGACCAGUGCUGUUGGAAAUUCAACAAUUCCUUCACGGAACUACAAAGGCAAUUGCAUUUUAAGAAUGUGGCACCUAUUUGUAUCAGCUGCAGCCUCCAAGAGUCGUUUUUAUUCCAUCUUUUUUAUAUGUGGUCUCGAAUGAACUUUCUCUGCUCAACAAACUCCUGAGCUUGCCUUUCAUAAGAAAUAGUUGAUUAACAAAUGGAGAAACCUUUUCUUUAUGUGCCUUUUUUUUGUGUUGCUGUUUCAUUACAGGGUGAUUGGUGCCAAAUGCAAAAGAUGAUUUGUAUUGAUUCUCAGGACCAAAUCAACAUAACCAAAAUAUGUUAAGUAACACUUGCUAUGGCUUAAAUUAGGUUCCAUACUUGUAACACAUUAUGUAGAUUUAUAGUUUUUAUUCAGUACUGUAGGUCCGAUGAAACUUGCAGAUCAGACGUGACCAGUUUGCUCCAUUUCCCACCAGCUUAAAUCACCAUCAAUAAAUAAAUUGUCAUUGCUUAGUAUGGAUGCCCAAAGUAGUCCAGAUUAAAUUAAUAUAUUAUGAAAUAAGCAUACUAAUUAAUACUGAUUGUGCAUUAUUUGCCUCAUAUCACUCAAGAGAAUAAAUGACACAAAUAACCUGCUGAAAUAAAAUGGAGAAAUAUCAUUUUUAGAAUGCAACAGAUUUCAUAUUCAUUAGGUGAGUUUAAAAAUGUUUAAUUAUUUUACAGGUAAAUUUAUAUAUAAUCUGUAUUUACUUGUCAUUUAUCUAAUAUCUAUCUAAUUUGGACCAUUUGGGCUUCCAUAGAGUGGUAAUUAUUUGCAUGCACAUGAAAGACCAGCAAUCGAACAGAUUUUUGCUUAAUGAAUGUAACCUCUACUUGGCAGCUGUUGUUCCCACAUGAAUAAUAUCAAACAUUUUCCUUCAUGUUCACACAUCAGAUCAUUAUUUUCUGAUGUGACUCGAUCAACGCCUGGUCUGCAGGUUUCCUGAGGCUCGUUUAAUGUUCACUGCUGUUGUAUUAGCCAAACUCUUUGUGUUUCAGGUGUUGGUUUGUUGAUUGAGUUUGACUUGAUCUAUUUUUCUGAUCGGUAUAAGAGGUCAUUCACCUGCUUCAUGACGGUUCUCUUAACUUUGUUUUUGUUGCAUAGAUGGACCAAAAAAAAAUCUGGUGAAAUCAAGAGAAGGAGCUUGAUUAUAUUCUGAUUAGGAAUGACAAUGAAUAUAGAAGAAAAGAUCAGUCGUGUGUAAUAUAAUCAUGGGUUCGGUAAAAGUUGUGGGGACAUUGGAGAAACGCAAGAGAGGAAGAAACCUGCUGCUUGUAUCACUGUCAUUUUGGAUUUCAAGAUCAACCUGCUGUUGCUGCACUCGCUGUGUGACGGUAUUUGGUCGGAGGAGAAAGUUAUGAUCUGAGCUGUGCCAAUAACUCAAGCCAUUUCUGUAAACUCAUGGGUCGGGAUGCCUGCACAACGUGUUCAAGUGCGUCAUUACUGUCUUUUGUAUCGGCAAUAACAUAUUCCUGAAAGAACAGAGGUGUCUGUUACUGUGGAAUACAGAACAAAAGAAUAAAAUCUUUACACUUGAAA